AUGCAUUUGACAGUUGUACUAGCAGCACUAGUGUUCUUGCGCUCGCCACCAGAGGGCACUAGCUUGCGGAGCUGUGAGAUAGCCGCCCGUAAGAUAGUGCAUCGGUUCUAUCCCCUGCGCCACUGUCAACGCUCCAACCGCUCCGUGAUCGGGUUAAAGAAUGUGAAAACGGUGCGUGAGUGUGCGGAUUUCGCUCGUGACAAACAGGGGCUGGCUUUUAACUUUGCACCGCUCGAUCGUAACAGUAGCAAUUGGUAUGAGUUGGUGAAGGAACGCGAACGGAAUAGGUCCACCGUGCCACCAUGGAAACCUCAGCCACCACGUGUUGCGUUCAACUCGUUCGGGUUCGAUGAUUUCUACAACUGCCAUGUGUUGGAUUGUCCCGAGUAUCGAAACCUGUCGACGAUCGUUAAUGAUACGCGGUUCGAUUACUACACGCUUUACGCGAGAUUGCUGCCAUCUUCGAAUGCCACCUGUAUACCUUCGAUCGGGAUGUUUUUGUUUGAGGACACUAGGAACAACUACUCGAACGCGUACAACUCCUGUGUCACUGCCGGUGGUAGUCUAGCGCACAUUGCUAGUGAUGCUAGAACGUUCCAUCUAGCUAAGUAUCUUGUGAACCUAUCGAGCGGGAACUAUACGACGGCGAAUUCCACCAACGUAACCACAGCUGAGCCCGUGUACUACGUGGGGUUGAACGAGACGAUAAAGAAUCGAUUUUUCACCUCAGCAGAAGAACGGUUGGACUGCUUCACCUUUCGAGCGUGGGCUCCAGGACAUCCGGACCGUAAUCGACAUCCUCCCAGCUGUGUGGCACUUACCGAUGAAGGAUCGUGGAAGGUGUACAACUGCAACCGAACGCUGCCGUACAUCUGCGAGCUACACACCUCCGGGCCAGCUCUCUACGCACCGAAGCUAAAACGGAAAUGCUUUGUCAAGCGUCCAAACAACAGAAAAGCUCCCUCCCGACGAGUAACAACACUAUGAAGCUGAGCGUCUGUUUAUAGAAUCUUAUUUAUUCGAACAUUUGUUCCCCGGGCGCUCGGAAGCGCAACACGACACAAAUCAACGAACACGGUCAAACAUGCAUUCUUUGGCUUGAGCUAGGCUACGGAGCGUUGCUGUGGCUAACUGGGUUUCAAAAACGACGGUUAAAAAA